GGUAACUGAGUUUAACAAUGUUGUUUACUUAAUUGAUGGAAGUAAAGAGAGAAGUCAGUUGUAAUGAAAGUACUUCGAUUAGUACACCGUCCACUAGCAACAUCAAUCAAAGGCUUUCAGCUAAUAGUGGAUGUAGUGAAGUGAACUUGUGCUCUACAAAGUUCGUGAAUCGCAAAGAACAGAUGAACGACUUUAUGAUGUAUCUAAUGUCAAAUACAUCUCUGAGCAUAAAAGAUGCUGAUCGGGUUCUGUAUGGUCUAAGAUUUCUUAUCCCGGACAUACCGAAAAGCAUCAGAGGCGUUUUGAAGACAUGUCCAAGUGUUCAACCCAAGUUCAUCGGCAGUGGGGUUUACUACCAUCUAGGAUUGAAAACCAAUCUGCUAAGAUACGUUGAGCUUUGGUUGUGUACUAUUGAUUUUGACUCUUUAAACUUAUAUGUCAAUAUAGAUGGACUUUCUAUGUCUAGAAGCUCCAAUCAACAGUUAUGGCCUAUACUUGGACGGAUCAUUGCCCCUCGGCUUAGUGACGUGUUCAUGAUAGGGAUCUACGGAGGGAAUAGUAAGCCGGCAGAAUUCAACGAAUUUUCUGCGGACACAAUUUCUGAAAUAAAAGAAAUGACUGACGUGGGUCUUUUUAGUGUUAAGUUUAAUAAAUGUAUAGCUAUUAGGUUGGCGGCUGUUAUAUGUGACGCACCUGCUCGUUCUUCUGUUAGGUACACGGUGAAUCAUAACGGUAAGGCAGGUUGCGAUAGGUGUACUGUUCCUGGGAGACGACUGGAGGGUAAGAUGACUUUUCCAAAUGGGGUAUAUACUGUAAGAACAGACGACACCUUCCGUCGUCAGACUCAGCCAACUCACCAUCAAGGACAUUCUAUAAUGGAAACGCUUUCUAUUAAUAUGAUUGUAACUUUUCCUCUAGAUCCUAUGCACAUGGUGUACCUUGGUGUUACCAAAAAACUAGCUAAUUUAUGGAUAGAUUUAGCACACCGAAGACUGCGGAACUUUAACUCAUGUGCGAUUCGGGACAUAAAUAAUUUAAUAUCUCGUUGUGUGGCAAGUACUCCUUCUGACUUUCCCCGUAAAUGCCGCACACUAGACUUUGUAUCGGCAUGGAAAGCUUCUGAAUGUAGAUUGUUCCUUCUGUAUUUAGGCCCGGUGAUUCUUGAAAAACAUUGCCACAACCUUUUUAUCUUAAUUUUCGGCGUUUAGCGUUAUCCAUGUAUCUGCUUGCACAUCCACAAUUACAUAAAAGUGUUGUAGAAACCGCCAAAAUAGAUUUAGUAAACUUCCUGAAUGAAUACAAAUGGUGUUAUGGGUGUGAAAACUUAGUCUACAAUGUGCAUUCGUUACAGCACCUCCCUGACGACGUUCGUGCACAUGGACCUUUAGAUAGUUUUUCAGCCUUUCCAUUCGAGUCUUAUAUGAGAACAAUUAAGGAUUCCGUGCGUAGUGGGUUUGCAGUAGCUAAGCAAGCAGCACAGCGUUAUGCUGAGAGAAUGUCCUUCAGCGAUAGGCUUCAAAUUAGUGGUUUAACAAAUACUACCGCAAUAGGCCAUAAUGAUGUCUCCACUGAACAAGUAAUUAUGUUUAACAACAGUAAAAUAACUUCAUGCCAGCCUGAUAAUGUAGUAGUAGUGAACGGCCAGCCAGGUUUAGUCACUGAUAUGAAGGAGGAUGGACUACUAAAAUUUAGGACUUUCACUGAACCACGCAAUUACUUUGAAGAUCCUUUCCCAUCUAGUGAUAUUGGAAUCUUUAUGUGCUCCGUAGUUAGCCACGAAUACUCCUGGGUAUCGGUUCAGGACAUUGAUUGUAAAUGUAUAGCCAUAAAUUGUAUCAAUUAUAUAGUUGUAAUCCCAUUGUUGCAUACUUUAUUGUAAAUGCAUUUUGUUUCAUUAGUGUUUAAGUAAUGAUGAUAAAUCAUUUACUUACGUCUUAUGUUCUUUUCAGCCCACUAACAAGAAAUACGUUAUUGUUGACGUCCUACAGAAAAAACAACUUAUGAUAGCAUCAAAUAACUGGAUAGUUGGCAAUGACCUUUGCCUUCUUCCGAACGAGCUGGUCGAAAUACACCUGCAGAAGUGCGACCAACCGAAUGAAAAUUGGUCGCUUAUGAAAUGUAAAGUGAUUCACGAAUUAGGACUGUCAAGUCAGCAGUUCCCUUUGUCAUCUGAAGAGGAACUACAGAUGCUAGAUACUGGUUUGUCGCAGAAAGAAACCAGGGACAGAUUUAUGGCAAUGGUCACUAGGUUAUCAGGUGACGAUCCAAAAACGUCCAUGCGUUUUGUUCUGUCGCAUCUGCUGACACCGGAGGUUGCCAGUAAAUUCGCGUUACUUGGCACCUCUUCAAAACGAGCACUACAGAAAUGCACGUUUUACAGCUGCAUACGAAGUGCCUUAACUCAUCGCUUUUUGUCAUCCUCUGUAAACGAGAAAGACCUUGGUAAGCUGUACGACAUAGCGACACAAGGUUACUUUCACGACAUCCGAGACAAGAUGAUUAAACGAAAUAGAAGAAAAGAAAAUCCGGUAUGUACUAAUUUAAAGUGAUAACUUCCCUACGGCUCUAUAGUUACAGUCAACAAUACUAACGAACAUAACCGUAAGUUCAGCUUCAAGUAUUUAGCUGUGCAAAAGCAUGUCAUUGAGAUAUGGUUGUGACUUUUUUUGUUCGUUUUUUUAUUUCAGAAUUCACAGGAGGACUACCUCAAUUCUGAAUAGUCCGUGCAAUUUUUUUGUUGUUCUACCUCGAUUUCAAUAAACAUUAUUCUUUCAAACAGCUUACUCUUUUACUUACAUGGGAAACUGUUGAAGUGUUGAGAAUGUGUGUCUGAGUUUCAGUGAACUUUUGAUUAAAUGCACAUUCCUUAUGAAUAAAAUAUAACCUUUUCCUUGUUUUUCAGAUAAUUACAAAUAACAAUGAAUUAGCAAUUGCAUUGGAUAUGCAUAACAAUCGAUGCUUAAGCUUGUGCUUUACUCAAACAGAUAUAACCGAAGAAAGCACUUGCAAAAGUUUUCGAUAACGUCGAUAGAUUUUUGUAAAUUGGACAACCUUAGAACACUAAUACUACUAAAAUUUUCUGGACAGACGUGAUAGAAUAGUAAGUGUAAAAAAAACGAG